UUUUCAUCCGGGACUUUCCAGGAAAAGCCAGCUAUGGCCGCCGAAGGUGCCUCACGAAAACUUGCCGAUUUGCGCGUUGUUGAUUUGCGCCAGGAAUUGGAAAAGAGGGGCUUAGAUAAGACUGGAGUAAAGGCUGUUUUGACAGAACGGUUGCAAAAGGCCUUGGAAGAGGAAGGACAUAACCCAGAAGAAUUUAAUUUUGAAUCAGCAAACACACCCAAAAAAGGAAUUGCAAGCAAAGCUAAUGACAAAUCAGAGGGAAAAGAUGAAACAAGAGAGAAGGAUGGGGAUGAGGAGGAGAUGGAAGACUCUUUACUGACAUCAGAGGAUGACAAACAAGAAAAUGGAGAUGAUGCUGUCAUUGAUGAUGCUAAACUUUUGGAGGAUGCUCCUGACACUACAGAAGCUAUGGAGACUGACGUAAAACCUACCAGUGAACAAUCUGAAGUCAAGCAGGAAGCUGAAAAAGUUGAGAAAAAUGUAAUGCAUGUGGACCAAACUGAGAUUUCUAUCAAUGUGACUGUAACAAAGGGGGAUAUCUCUGUAGAAACAAGUCAAACAACAGACAACAAAGCAUCUGCUCAGUCUACACCUAGUCUUGAUGUGGCGAUCAAAACUGAGGCCCAAGAAGUACCGUCCAAAUCUUCAGUACCAUCUAAUGAAUUAGGAAACAAUGAGACAACUCCCAGUGGUGUCAAGCAGGAAACUUCACAACAACCAGAAAGCAAGGAAUCGGUCACCUCCAGUGUUGGUGAAGCUAUGCAGGAGGAUGGUAAAGCAGAUCCAGACACAACAAGUGCACAGAAUCCAGAGGAGCCAGAACCUUUGGAUGUUCAUGUGGACGACACACAGAAUGACCUUGAUUCUGACAUCCUUGAAACUAGAACAUCAAAAGCGGGCGGUAAAGCUGCAGCAGCCACAGGUAAUGAAGCAAUGGAUACAUCGGGAGGGGAAAGAGUCCCAGAAAGCUCCACAGUUGCAAGCUCCAAUGGAAACAAAGACAGUUCAGGCCCUGAAAAAGCUGACACUUCCAAAACGACAGAAGCCGAUUCCACUCUUUCCUCUUCUGCCACCACAACCACUGCCGCCACUACCACUGCCAGGCCUGCAGAAAAGACCGAUGACAACAAGUCCAAAAGCACUGACACCAAGGAUCAGAAAAAGGAUGACAAAGGAAAAAGCACAUCUGGCAGGAAUCUAUGGGUCAGUGGGUUGUCCUCAUCUACGAGAGCAACAGAUUUAAAAUCCUUGUUCAGCAAAUAUGGGAAAGUUGUUGGUGCUAAAGUAGUAACAAAUGCUAAAAGUCCUGGAUCCAGGUGUUACGGGUUUGUUACCAUGUCAACAGCAGAUGAAGCUUCUAAGUGUAUUCAGCAUCUGCACCGCACUGAACUCCAUGGCAAAAUGAUUUCUGUAGAAAGGGCCAAAAAUGAACCUGGGGCUCAAGCAAAGAGUAUGGCAGGUACCCCAGGUCCAGCAAGCCGUGGUGUUAAGGCUGAAGACAGGAAAGCUCCGCCGGUUAAACGAGAUGAUAGGGGCAAGAGAGAUGAAAAGAAGACAGCAGAUAAAAAAGACAACAAAAAGGAUGAGAAAAAAGAUGACAAAACUCCUACCAAAAAAGAGGAGAAGAAAGAGCCUGUGAAGAAAGAUGCCCAUACUGUUAGAAAAACUACACCUAAAAAGACUGAUGAUAAGCCAAGAACAGUGGUAAUGGAUAAAGAGAAGGGGGAACCUGUAGUUGUAAUUAAGGAGGAAGAGUCCAAAGAGACCAAGGAAAUGGCACCAUCAGAACGGGCAAAGUCAAUUACAUCAAGUCACUCCAAGAGUGAACCGAAGAAAGAGGAGAAGAAAGAUGUUUUAUCCUUUGAUAAGAUCAAGCAGGAGGAAAGGGAGAGAGAGCGACUGCGACAGAGGGAGCGUAGAAUGAGAGAGGAAGAAAGGAAAAGGCGAUGGGAGAUCGAGCAAGAGAAGAAGCGACAAAGGGAUGUUCACAUGAAGCAGAGGGCUGAGGCCAUACGUCUGGCUAGAGAAAGGGAAAAGCUCAGAAGAGACCGGGACCAGCUGGAGAAAGAGAAGCUGGAGUUGCAGCGUCUUGAGAAGUUGAGACUGGAGCAGUUGGAACGUGACAGACUGGAGAGGGAGAGGGAGGACAAGAGGAGGCUAGAACAGCUCAGACUGGAAGCUGAGCAAAUGAGAAGAAUGGCAAUGAAAAGACCUUAUGAUUCUCGUGGAGGCAGAGAGGAAUUCUGGACUGAGGCCAAACGUCCAGCUGUCACCGAGACUCGAUUCGCUGCUAACUCAACAUUUACUUCAGACAGAUUAUAUGAUGAUAGCAGAGACAGUCGAAUGUCUGAUCGAAGUGAAACCACUGCCUUUGACAGGAAAGUGGAGCGAUAUGACAGACGAGAAGACCGGUCCAUGGACUCCAGAGACAACCGCACUGAUAGGUCGUUUGGUGACAGGCGAGACAGGGACAACUUUAGUAGAGACAGCAGACCAGAAAGAAGAAGCACCGAAAGAUUCGAGCGGGAAAGGGACAGAAGCAAUGCUCGAGAUGACCGGAGAGACAGUUUUCAGCGGGACCGAUCAGACAGACGAGACGAUAGGGACAGUGACAGACGUGGGGCUAGAACUCCCCCCAGGGACAGUCGAUCAGAGUGGAAGUCGGAAAGAGAGAGACAGGGAGGCAAUGACACACGGAUGGUUGUCCGGGGGACAAGCUCUGGCAGGGAUAACUGGCAGGGAGGGGGCACUGGCUCCAGUCUGCAGGAUGACAGAAACAGGUCACGAGUCGGCAUCACUCACAAUCCUGGGCCAGGCCUUCUUGGUAGUGCACCAAGUUCACAAAGGAAUUGGGGCAGCAGCUCUGACAGGAGUAAGGUAGAGAGCAGCUGGUCUGCCUCCAGACAACAGAUAGACAGUAGAAGUUCAGGCUCCCAACCCCAAGACCGCUGGACAGGGGGCAGUCUGGGCCUACAGGCAGACACACGGCAGCAGGCAUUUGGUACACAGAUGGCCAGUGGAUUGUUGGCAGCGGGAGUCCCCAAUAUGUUACUGACUUCUGUCCCCCAGGCUGCAGGGAUGGUACUGACCAACACUUCCCUGACCAGGGGACAGACGGAACCCAGAUUUGAUGCAUACAAGAGUAUGCAGACUCAGUUUAGGAGAUACUGAUGAUUGUUGACUCUUUUCAAUCAGAACUUAAAUAGGAAUGAUCAUUGCACUCAUGCAUGUAGUUUAUCAUAAUUGUACAUAGAAUCAUGUAGUGAUUGAAUACAUUUUAUAUACAUGUGAAUCAUGGUUUCUAUCAUUUAUUCAUAUCAUUGUUGAUUGAUAAUUGGAAAUAAAGAUGCAGUGAAAUGAAA